UAUUAGGGUGAGAGGUGUCUUUUUGUAAGUUGUAGUCGAUGUUUUCUUCGUCUUUGAUUGCUGGCUCUAACCUGAUAAAGUCAAUAAUUGUAGCCUCAAAACUAACCUCAAAACCAACCUCAAAAUUGAUCUUGAGAUUGAAUUCAUCUCAUCCUCAUCUCAUCUCCAGCUCCAGUUACAUCUUUCUCAGCUAGCUUCUGUUUACUCCAUACAUUUUUUUUUCUUUCUUCAGAUCUCCUAUUUAUACGCUGCUCCAUUUUGGGUGUUUAACAAAAAGCUUACUCUCUUUUUCCUGCUUGUUCUUGUAUAUUCUUCUUUCUGGGCCUAUAAAAUGUCUUUCACCUCCUCUUUAACUCUUAAUAUCCCCUUUCAAUUGCAAAAUCAAGCUUCCAUAGCUUUAAAAACGUUAUCUGUGGAUCCAAUCUUAAGACCUGAUGACGCGAAAGUAUCUUAUCUGAUUUCUUACAUUAGCAACUGUCAUUAUCUACAUAUAGAUUUAUACGCCAUAUCUGACAGAGUUCUUCGAGUACUAGCAAAUAACAUCAUCGCAUCUUUGAAAACAAUCGUUGAAUGCUUCGAUGAAUUUUAACGAUUCGAAUUUGAUCUUGAUCAUCAGAAUAUAUAUAUUGCAUACCUAAUCAAAUAUAUAUAUUCAUAUAUUUCCUAAUCACAAAAUACAUUAGGCAAUUGCACUGCUAUUAUAAAUGGCUACAUACUGAAUAGUCUAAU